AUGCCGCCGCCUCGUCAUCGUCGUCGCAGGCCGUUCCCCGAGUCCUCCUCCGACGCCGCCUACGCCUUCGCGGUCCAGGCCGCCGACCUCGCGCGCGCCGAGCAGGACCGCCGCGACGCCGAGGCCUGCCGCGCCGCCCAGGCCCGGGCCGCCGCCUCCGCUCGCAUCGCCGCGCACGACGCCCUCUUCGCUCGCGACCUCGCCGCCAUCCCCGAGGAACAAUGGGCCCACGACGGCGACUACUUCGAGCGCCCCGUCGACUCCUCGCCCCGCCCGCUGUUCCGCGUCUUCUCCAAGGGUAUGCCGAGCAGGGACGUCGUGGGCCCGCGGGACCGGGACCCCAGCAUCGCCGUGCUCGCGGUGGCUGUCUGCAGGACGCAGGGGGGAGUGGUGCUCAGGAUACAGAAGCCGGUGGAGCGCUUUGUGGGCGGCCGCAUGAUUGUGGAGGUGAUGGCGCUGAUGGAGGGCCUCGACGCCGCCCUGGGGUUGGGCAUCCGCAGUGUCACCGUCGUCACUGGUUACCGCCCGCUCUACAACCAUAUGCUUGGCAUUUGGCGCCCAUCAGGGAAGAAGCUGGCAGAUAUGAUGAAUCAGGUUCUGUCAGUCCGAAGGAAGUUUGAUCAAUGUGAAGUCUCACUUGUUGAGCCAAACCAAGUCAGCUAUGUCAUAAAAUUAGCCACAGAUUCACUAACUGUUCAGAUUGCCAAAGCUCUUGCUGCCAAUGAGCAUGUGAAAGUUAAGCUGCUCAAUGGAACUCUCCCUGCUUGCCCACAAGAGGGAUGCACCACAAAGCUAAGUGUGGAGGGCUCAAGGGUAUUUCUUUCGCCGCGGCUGUUAGAGAUCAUGGUGCAACGCAUGAGGGAAGGACAGAUCCCUCCAAGCCAAAAGAUUUACUGCCCGUAUCCCAAGUGUUCAGCCUUGAUGUCCUUGGGGGAAGUGAUCCAUCCGAUGCAAGAGUCGUCCUCAAGGUACACAGCUGCUGAUGCUGCCACAUUGAGGAAGUGUGUGAAAUGCAGAGGCUCCUUUUGCUUGAGCUGUAAAGUCCCAUGGCAUGAUGGGAUGAGCUGCUAUGAGUACAAGAUGAGGUACCCCCACGCUCGCCCAGAAGAUGCAAAGUUACAGAACCUGGCAAGGCAGAGGCUGUGGCGGCAAUGUGUGAAAUGCAAGCACAUGAUCGAACUUGCGGAGGGCUGCUACCACAUGAUCUGCGUGUGCGGCUAUGAGUUCUGCUACACGUGUGGGAAAGAGUGGAAGAAUAAGAAAGCAAGCUGCUCCUGCCCGCUGUGGGAUGAACGCAACAUCAUCAGAGAGGAAGACGAUGAUGACUACGAAGACGACGAUGAUGGUCUUUACUACUAG